AUGACCACUUUCGGAUCAAUAAUUGUCGAAGGACAACGAUUCGCAUUGAGCUCAGAUUUGUGGAGAUAUGCCUCAACAUCAACACAUUGUGAUCUACUCAUCACAAUGAAAAUGUCGCCGGAGGAAGCUGAGAACAAGGCGGCUGUCACAUGGCUCGUCCAGCAGAUUCGCGAGCACGAGCCGAAUUUGCAGCUCGAAGUACGCUAUCAUAGACUUAAUGGUUGCUAUGCGAUUUAUUUGACGGCUGAUUAUAAAAGUUUAUUAAAAGGCGCCGAAUUGUGUCAUGUCAAAAAAUCGAUAAAAUCGAAAUUCGGCGGCGGAAUGCGAGAUUUUUGCUUCGAAGAUGCUCAAUGCUUCGCCGGAAUUGAGAAUAAGCACACAUUCUUCUCGCCAACGGAAAGGACAUUGAUAGUAAAACAGAUGAUUGACAUGAUGCGGGUUGGCAAGGAAGGAGCAUCACUCAAGCUGCCUUCAAGGACCAUCACAUUCACCGAAGGAGUUGCCAUACUACCUCGACUAAUAUCGACGAAUGUUGUGGAAAGCGUGUCAGCCAUGCAUAAUUUAGAAUUGCUCAACAAAUUGAAACAGAAAUGGGUUCUGUCUUACGAAGAGCAACCGAUUGAGGAAAUCAAAGAUUAUUUUGGAACCGAAAUUGCCAUGUAUUUCGCGUGGCUCGGACAUCUCACCACUGCUCUAUGGUUCCCGACUCUUCUCGGACUAUUGAUGUGGUUUCUAGGAGGAUUCAAGUACAAGAAUAAUCCAGAAGAUAAACAAGAUUGGUAUCAGCUUCUCUCCGACAUUUGCUUCGUACUGUUCGCGUUUUUCAACUGCAUCUGGUCGACAAUUUAUCUCGAAUGGUGGAAGCGAGUGCAGGCGGAACUCGCAUUCCGUUGGGGCACCUAUGAUGCCACUCAAGAUUCGUAUCUUCAAGAUCCGAGGCCCGGAUUCGAGGGAGACUAUCUUGCUCCGAAUCCAGUGUCUGGACGAAUGGAGCCAUUCUAUCCCGCCUGGAAGCACACAAUUAUUCGCUAUGUGAUCACCUACCCGAUCACAAUUCUUUGCAUUGUCGGAAUGUUCUUCGCAAUGCUCGCCAUAUUCAUGAUUCAAGAUUUCGUUGAUUUCUAUUUCGCCGAAUCGUUCAUGUUCCGCUGGAUAUGCUACCUUCCGAUGAUCGUCUAUGCCUUGAUGAUUGUGAUCAGCGAGAAGGUGUAUCGAAAGCUUGCGCUUAUUCUGAACGACUUGGAGAAUUAUCGAACAGACGAUGAAUAUGAGGACUUUCUUAUUACAAAAAUUGUCAUUUUCCAAUUUGUCACCGCGUUUGGCUCAUUAUUCUAUAUUGCGUUCAUUUUACGGGAUAUGAAGAGGCUUCAAGAGACUCUUGCGACAUUGCUCAUCACAAGACAACUCACUCAGAAUUUUAUGGAAAUCGUGGUGCCUUUCACCCUUGAGAAAUUGAAGCUUAGCAGUUUGACCUACAAAAUGACACGUAGUAUGAGCGAUGGGACCCUUCGACGCCACGUGGAGAAUGUUCGAAAUAAACGACAAAAUAGUGUGGAGACGCCACAGAAGAUGUUCACGCUUGGAAGUCCUUUGGAGAGUCCGACGGAAGAGAAUGUCGAAUUGAGGAAUCGUAAAGGCGAUGAGCAGCAGCAACAGAGAACCCUAUCCUCAAUCUUCCGCGAGGAAUUCACAAUGACCACCGAACGGCUUCCUCUUCCGGAAUUCAAGCCUCUCAACGACUCAUCACCGGAAUUGUCGCAGGCGGAACUCGAGAGUGUCAUGGCGGUCUACGCCAGACCCCUCGACGAUUUCCUCGAGAUGUUCAUUCAAUUCGGAUACGUUCUUCUCUUCUCGCCAGCUUUUCCUCUCGCAGCCGGCUGCGCUCUCAUCAACAAUCUCAUCGAAAUCCGGGUCGACGCCUUCAAACUUUGUAAUACCGUUCAACGGCCAUUCGGACGACGGGUUAAGGAUAUCGGAGCCUGGCAGAAGGCGAUGGAGGUCCUCGGCAUUCUCGGGGUCAUCGUGAAUUGCGCACUAAUCGGCCAAUCGGGAUUGGUGCAGAGAAUCUGGCCGGAUUUGAGUUGGGGCGGCCAAAUUCUUAUCAUUGUUGUUCUUGAGCAUAUCAUCCUCGCUUCCAAGAUGAUCAUCGAUAUCGCGGUUCCGGAUGUUCCGCAUUGGGUUCGAAUUGAAACCGCCAAGCAGGAGCACUUUCGACGAGAAGCAUUCAAGAGAGAAUCCCGUCUUCUAAGUGCUCAAACAUCCCCAGAGAGCCCAUGUCCGAAAAAUGAUCAACACGGACGAAUAAAGCGUCGAAGCAUUACUCCAAUGGUCCGCUUAACAAGCUUCAAUCGAAAAAGGGAAUUGAGUAAUUGUAUUGAUAAUUCUAAUCAGUGA